AAUGAUUUACAAGUAUUGUUUAAAAUAACCAUUUUGCAUUCUCUUCCCAAAACCUAUACCACCGCUAACUAUGGCCCACUCGACUACCUCGAUGUCCGACCAUCGCAGGAGGUGUGCGCGUUUAUAGUGUCCGCCUAUUCGUCCAAUUGGUUGCGCCUAAACAAGCCGUUCAAUCCGUUAUUGGGCGAGACAUACGAGUACGAACUCCCGGAGCUCAACAUUAAGGUGGUGUUCGAGCAGGUGUCACAUCACCCGCCGGUGAGCGCGUGGCACGCGGAGGGCGACCACUUCAUACUGCACGGCACCAUCAAUCCGAAGCUAAAAUUCUGGGGCAAAUCCAUCGAGGUGACCCCCGAGGGCACCAUCACGCUCAAACUCAAACACAGGCCCGACGUAUACACCUGGAAGUCUGUCAACUGUUGCGUUCAUAAUAUCAUUGUCGGAAAGCUCUGGUUCGAAGAGUACGGCUUAAUGGAGGUGACCAAUCAAACCAAUGGUAUGCGAACCCAAUUGAACUUUAAGCCAGCUGGUUGGUUUGGCAAAGACCUGCAUCGAUUCGAUGGUUUUAUAUACUCAGCAGGAUUAGAUUUUCUGGGUUUUUAA